AUGGACACGGGCCCGGAGCGCAACUGGAACUCGCCGGCAUCCCCGCCGUCCUCGCUCGAGCAGGGGAUGCCAACGUCGCCUGCGUCGCCGACGCCGAAGCGCCCCGCGGGGCGAACCAAGUUCAAGGAGACGCGCCACCCGGUGUUCCACGGCGUGCGCCGUCGGGGCAGCAACGGCCGGUGGGUGUGCGAGGUGCGCGUGCCGGGGAAGCGCGGCGAGCGGCUCUGGCUCGGCACGCACGUCACCGCCGAGGCGGCCGCGCGCGCGCACGACGCCGCCAUGCUCGCGCUGUACGGCCGCACCCCCGCCGCGCGCCUCAACUACCCCGACUCGGCGUGGCUGCUCGCCGUGCCCUCCUCCCUCUCCGACCUGGCGGACGUCCGGCGCGCCGCCAUCGGGGCCGUGGUGGACUUCCUGCGCCGGCAGGAGGCGGGCGCCAGCGCCGGCGCCGUCGCUGAGGAGGCCCACGUCGACGGGAUCGCCUCCGCCGCGUCGGCGCCAGACAAUGCCAGCUCGUCGGCGGCGGCGGCCCACUCACAGCCGCCAUGCGCCAAUGCGGGGUACGAGGUGCCGGACGCAUUGUGCCACGACAUGUUCGAGCUCCACACGUCCGGCGAAAUGGACGCGGGCACGUACUACGCGGACCUGGCGCAGGGGCUGCUCCUGGAGCCGCCGCCGCCGCCGUCCAGCGGGGCGAGCUCGGAGCACGGAGACGAUGCGGCGCUAUGGAACCACUGAUGACACCGAGCGGGGACUCGGGUCAAAACUAUCUUGGCUCCGUUGAUUUAUUUCUUUAUUAUUUAUUCCGAAAAAGCGCCCCGUACGUGCACGGUGUGGACCCAUG